AUGUUUUUUCGCGUAUCCUUCGUUGCUUCGUUGUUGGCUGCUCUGCCUCAGGUUUCAGCCUCCGCAGCAUGCCGCAGCUUCCCUGGUGACACUACUUGGCCCACGGAGGAUGUGUGGUCGCAGUUCAACGGCACCAUCGAUGGCCGACUAGUGAAGACCGUGCCUCUUGGCGCACCUUGCCAUGCCCCGAACUACAAUUCUGAGACCUGUGCCGUCCUGAAGGAUGGAUGGCUACUUCCCGAGGAGCACUAUGAUUCGUCUUCCUCGGUUAUGGCUCCAUUCUUUGCCGAGGGUGUUUGCGAUCCAUUCCACCCCGUCUCAAAGCCCUGCACACUGGGAAACUAUGUUCGCUACAGCGUGAAUGUCACCACCCCGGCUCAGAUUUCUACAGCUGUCAAAUUUGCAACCAAUUACAACAUCCGUCUUGUCAUCCGUAACACCGGCCACGACUACAAUGGCCGAUCCACUGGUGCUGGAGCCCUUGCAAUCUGGACUCACCACCUGAAGGGACUGUCAAUCGACUCCUACAGUGAUUCGCACUACUCCGGAAAGGCCAUUACCAUGGGCGCUGGAAUUCAGGGUUACGAAGCCUACGAGCUUGCCGAGAAGACCGGCUACCAGGUCGUUGGCGGUGAAUGUCCCACCGUCGGUCUUGCCGGUGGCUACACCCAAGGUGGUGGUCACUCUGCACUCGGCUCCCGCUACGGCCUGGCCGCCGAUCAGGUCCUGAAAUGGGAGGUCAUUGAUGGCCAAGGUAACUUCAUCACUGCUACCCGUGACAAUGAGUACUCCGAUAUCUUCUGGGCUCUUAGCGGCGGUGGUGCUGGCACUUACGGUGUCGUCUGGUCCCUGACCUCGAAGGCUCACCCCGGAACUCCCGUCUCUGGCCUGAACCUGACCUACACCAAUGACGGUAUCUCUCAAGAUACCUUCUACAGCACCGUCCAGACCUUCCACGCCGCGCUGCCCGCUAUCGUCGACGCAGGUGCUAUGAGCGUCUGGUACUUUACCAACACCAGCUUCUCUAUUGCUCCAAUCACCGGUCCUAACAUCCCUGUUGCUGACUUGGUGACGCUCCUCAAGCCCUUCACUGACAGCCUUGACAAUCUCGGCAUCAAGUACACCACGGUUGCCAAGCAAUACGAGAGCUACUACAGCCAGUUCCAGGAUAUGCAAGGUGUCAUCGAGGUUGGCACUGCCCAGUAUGGAGGCUGGUUGGUCCCGAGAUCGGUCGUUCAGAACAACAACUCCGCCCUGCUGACUGCCUACCGUGAGAUCACCGAGGCGGGCGGCACCUUCAUCGGUGUCGGCUUGAACGUCUCUCAGAAGGUGUCUGGAGAUGUCUACAACGCGGUCCUCCCUGCUUGGCGCGAGGCCCUGAUUGAUACUACUUUGACCACCCCCUGGGAGUGGGAUAACGAUGCUCUCAUGUUGGAGCGUCAGCGCCAAAUGACUGAGGAUUUCAUUCCUAAGCUCACUGCGCUUUCUCCCAACUCUGGUGCUUAUAUGAAUGAGGGUGACUUCCAACAGCCCAACUUCAAGCAGGUGUUCUAUGGUACCAACUAUGAUACCCUGCGCAAGAUCAAGGCCAAGUAUGAUCCGAAUGAUAUCUUCUACGCCAGAACUGCUGUCGGGUCUGACGAGUGGACCGUGAGUGAGGAUGGCCGCUUGUGCAAAGCGACCUAG